GAGAUAGGAUCAUAGAGAUGGGCUUUGCAGGGAGGUUCCUUGUGAAGUGGGAAGCAUCCUCCUCCACAAUCGCUUGGGGGAUCUUCUUCCUUUGUGUCCCUGCCUGGAAAAUACUAUCCCCAGCCCUUGUCCUUCCCAACCUGUGGCAGAAUCCCCAGCCAGUGACCUCCUCUCCCCGCAUGGCAUGUUUUUUUCCCAUUGUUUUCCUGCCUCCCCCUCCCCUUCUCCCUUGCUCUCACCCAGCGCUUCUGUAGACAGCAUCCUCGCACUGAGCAUGUGCGCUGCAUCCCUUCCCCUCCUCCUCCUCGGGUACCACCUCGGCGACGAGGUGCAGUGAGCUCAGCAGCGCCUUCCAGUCCAGCCCAGGAAAGGGCUGAGCCGGAGCCCUGCAGCCCCGGCUCGGAUGGAGUAAACAGGGGAGCCCCAUGCACACAGAUUGCCCGGGCAGUAGCCAUGCACUCAGGCGUGGAGUUAAAGAGAGCCAUCUCUGCCAGCACGGAGACAGAGAAACCAAUGAGACGCUACGGGGCAGUGGAGGAGACUGAGUGGAAAGCUGAGGGGCUGGGGAGAAAUCAACUUGACAUCAUCUCAAUGGCUGAAACAACAAUGAUGCCUGAGGAAAUCGAAUUGGAGAUGGCAAAGAUCCAGAGGCUUCGGGAAGUCUUAGUCAGAAGAGAAUCAGAGCUCAGGUUUAUGAUGGAUGACAUCCAGCUGUGCAAGGACAUCAUGAACCUUAAACAGGAGCUGCAGAAUUUAGUAGCAAUUCCAGAAAAAGAAAAAACAAAAAUGCAGAAACAAAGAGAGGAUGAAUUGAUUCAGAAGAUCCAUAAACUGGUGCAAAAAAGAGAUUUUCUUGUAGAUGAUGCAGAGGUGGAGAGAUUAAGAGAGCAAGAGGAAGACAAGGAGAUGGCUGAAUUCCUUCGGAUCAAGUUAAAACCCUUAGACAAAGUAACACGAUCUCCUGCCAGUACCCCAGCAGAAAAGAAGGCAGAACCUCCUCCAAGCAAGCCCACCGUCGCCAAAGCAGGAAUAGCUAUUAUUAAAGAUUGUUGUGGGGCCACGCAAUGCAACAUCAUGUAGCUCCAGUCUCUCUACCAAGUCUGUCUUUUUUUCAAAUGCUUUCAUUGGAUAAAACUGUAGGGUGAAAGGAUUUUAAAGCAUCCUGAUAGUCAAAUCAAGAAAUACUGUAAACAUUACAGUAAUGUACUGAAUGUACCAAUGGUGAAUCCUUCACUUUUGCAUGGAUCACUCAAUGCGCAUGCUUAAAAUAAAGGAAUAUAUAUAGCAGCUGUCCAAUGACCAGAACAGAUAGGUAAAAAUAGCUGAAAAGACAAAUACAAAUCUGUGGCAAAAGUGAAUUAGAAAAGUGUAUAUUUUACCAAAUAAUGUUUAAAAUAGCAGUUUUAAAAAUUCAGCACUUUGUAGGAUUUGUUAUACACCUUUUUCGCUUGGCAAAUUUUAUUCAAACACAUGCCACGGUCUGAAUAUAAAAAUGUCCUGUCUUGGCUAUUUUUCAAAAUGAAACCUUAGAGUAGCGAUACUGUAUAUAGUGCAACCAAUAGAUGAAGCAAAUUUAGUACUAACCGGUGUUGCAUACAAAAUAUUUAUUGAACUAGUACGACAUUUGACUACUUUGCUGUUUAGUUUCAUUUUCAGUUCUUCACAGGGAACAGAUAACAACAAAGAUCCUGCUCAUUGGCUUGUAUUUUAUUAUGGCAUUUCAGUGACCCUGUGGUCAAAUGUCCUUUGUCACUUUUAAAUAACCCAAUUCAAAUAGAGAUUACCUGUCCAUUUGGAUAUUGGUUUCUGCUAAAUUCUUUGCAGGCACAGCUAUAGUUUUUGGUGUAAAUUCAAACACUGCAUCAUUUAUUGGCUUACAAGCCCUCCACCUUGCAGAGAUGCAAUAAUACUGAGAGUGCAGUCAACUAUUAAAACCACAACUAAAUGCACUAUGAGAUUAUGUAUCACAGGCUAAAUAGGUUGCUGUCCAGAAGGGGAGAAAAACAUGAAGGCAUCAGGAUCAUUUAAACUUAUGAAGCAGGGUGCUGAAAAGGGCUAUUACUCAGAUUCUUAAUGGCCAUGGGAAACUUUAGCUGUCAAGUAUUAUAAAAAGACAAUAUGUCCCCAAAUUCUGUCUUCAAGAUUAAAAAUAAUAAACAUAAAAGGUGAAGUUUUCGGUACUAAAAAGAUAGCAGUACCUAAGAAAGUGGUUUUGAAACAAGGGAAAAACAAUUAGGUCUGAUACAUCUGUGUUUCACAUUUCAGUUGGUAUGCAGAUGAACACAUAUAAAAUAUAGUUGUCCCUUUACUAGCUGUCAGUAAGAUGGUGCAUUUGUGUGACUAGUAUAUCAUAUGUUUCGGUGAAUGUUGUGAUGGGUGUAAGUAGCUAAAUGAAGAUGUUCUGAUGUGAAAAUAUUGUGCUUUAAAAAAAAGAUGGUGGAACGUGCCUAAAGGAAAAAAAGUUUUUCAAGCUGAACAACCAUUUCUUAAUGCUGGAUAAGCAGAACACUACAUAUAAACCCACAGGAAAUAAUAGUUACAGCAGGGGAAGCCAGUAAAAAUAUCAGCAAGUUAUGUAACUAAAGGUAGAUGUUAAACAUUUCUGAAAGAGCUGAAGCAGUGACUAGUUCAGAUUCAGGGGUGUAAACAUUCAAAUUAGUAUAUAUCAUUAUAUACUAUAUAUGCCUGAGCUGUAUUGGUCCAAGAUGUAGCAUUUGCAUCUCUAAACCACCUGUUUCGCUGUCACAGACUUCUUUCAAGAACCAUACUACAAAAAGAAUAAAGAGCAGCAGAGGAGCAGGCAUAAGAAACAAAGAACAUAUGUUACUGCAAAAUGUUCCUUAGGGAUCAGAAAUAAGGGAGGAGAAAAUAUUCAAGUUUAAAUAUUAAAGCAGCACUUUAAAUAUUUUAAUCAAAGUACUAUAUGGAUGUGCAUGUGUGCUGACAUAUAGCUUCACAUUCACCUCUGGAGUGGUCAGAAUUUGGUGUACCCAGAUUUGUGUCAGGCUGGUUGCAGGGUCAGUAUAAAAUGUGCAUCAAAGCAGGGAAUUGUUUAUAAUCUGAAUAAACUUUAAGGAAAAUGCACAAGAAAAAAAAUCAACCAGACUGUGGACAAUCAAAUAACCCCCCUGAAGUUUCUGAUACCUUCUCAUUGCUUUGGACCAGUCCCUUAUUCUCUAUCACGAGCAGUGUCUUAACAGAAAUAUUGGAUGGCUGUAUAUUAUUAACAGGGGUGAGGAAGGAUGUAGGUAGUGUUAGGAGUGGGACUUCCUCAGGAAGUGUCAAAUUUAAGGUCUGAAAGAGGAAUUAGAUAUUUAAUACAUCUCUUUGUGUAUACUGAUGAAUCAGGAAAGCUGGGUGUCCUGGAUAAUAGGCUAAUCACAAGGCUGCAACUGAUAGAGGGAGAGAGAUGACUUGGAGAUUGGGGCGGGGGGGGUGAGGGGGGUUAAUAGGAGUAUUUAGACUUUCUGGUAGAUGACUGGCCUUGGUCAAGAUAGGAGAGACUGCUGGGGAUUCACAUCUAGGAAGGUCAGAUUCUCCUGAGGGAUGGGGAGAAAUCAGCAGGAUUUUCCAGAUGGGAGGUGGGCCUGGACAGCAAAUUCAAUUAAAAGAGAGUCCCAAAACAGACCUUUGUGUGAUUGGGCAUUCAUGAUUGGGGUACAUCUCCACAGUACAGUGGCAGUAGAACACCUUAUCACAAUUAAAUUAAAAAGAACAAGCACAGCGAAGAGAGCUAAGCAUCUGUGAACAUGGUUGUAAUCAGGCAUUUGUAAUUGGUGUCUUGAGGGAACAGAACUAAAGUAUCAGUAAUUAAAGUGAUCCUUUCAUUUUCAGAAUUUACAGAUCAGAUCAGGUGGAAGAUCUGGUUUAUCAGUGAAGUCUUAGUUUUAUCUACUUUUUUAUCACUUGGGUUGUGUAAGGCAUAGAAGGUGAGUGACUUGUCCAGUGUUAAUCGGUGGUUCAUUUAGAAGUAGAAUCAAGGAUCCUGAGGGCCACAAGUCUUGCAAUGAAUUACUAGACUGUGCAUAGUCAGAUUUUCCACAGCCUAACUCUGCUCCCCCUGAAGUCAAUGGAGAUUUCACCUUUGGACUCCAAUCCAAGCAGACUUGGUACUGGAUGCUUCUGCAAAUACCACCCAUUUUCUUUGAAAACUGAACUCAUACAGUAUAUAUGUCAAGUGAGGGUUCAUAGCCAUUUAGCUUCUCAAAGUUAGUAAGAGUCAUGUGGAUAAAACCCAUCACAGAAUAUCUUGGAAAUGUACUUCUUUCCAUGACUGUAGCUUUUUAAAAGAUACUUAGCUGAAAUUUUCAAAAGCGAUUAAUGAUUUUAGAUGCCUCAGUUUUGGGGGGGCCCCACUUGAGACAUUUAACAGAGCCUGCUUGGUUGGUAAUUUCUGAAAAUCACACCACUUAAGUUGUGUCAAGUUGGGCAUCCAAAAUCACUAGUCACUUCUGAAAACCGUGGCCAUUUACUACCAUUUGUAUCAAGUUAAAUACCAAUGCAUCAGAAAAUCAUAAAAGUUCAAGAGAGAAAAGACAUGUUAGAACAUCAAGUCUAUAUGUCAAGGGAAAAUUGCUCCCUACAGCUACACUAGGUUACAUUUUGUGAAGGAUUUCACAGUCCCCAAACCCCCCUGAAAAUGAUGAAACUCUACAGCAAAGUAGAGAUAAAUGUGUUUCCAAAUAAACAAAGAUGUAGUGUUAUCUAAAACAUUUGUUACUUUUCUUCAAGCUACCAAGAGCAAUGAGUUGUGAACUAGAGUAGGAUGUAAUGUCUUGUGCACAGUCUCCUUCCAGAAAAGUUAGGUUAGCUUUGUGCAAAAAAAGAAUAAUUUUGUAAAUUCAUAUAGUUUGUGAAAGAAAUCUGAAGGGCUCUAUUCCAAUGAAAAAAUGCACAAUCUCCCACAGAUUACACUCCAUAGAAAUAGAACUCAGUAAAAAGGAGCCACUUCCAUGACUUUUCCCCUCAACUAAUCACUGCAGAAGUAUAAUUUGCCAUGUCCCAGAAAGAUGCAGAAACCAAGAGACAAUUCCCAGCCCUGUGUUUAACCUCAGUCAUUUGCAAGGUGAGGUGGAGAAGGGGACAAGGGAGGUAAAGCCCUCGGUGUCCAGCGGUAUCAUGCCAAGAUUUAUUUUUUAUAUAGUAUAUGACAUUUGCCUAACAGCAAAUCAUUGGCUCUUCCUGAAUCAGAGAUAAAAGCCCUCCCUGGCCAGGAUGGUUUAACAGCAGCCAGGGGAAGAGGUAAAGUCCAUCAGAGGCUGCAACAGUCUAUACUGUCUACACUGGCUGGUGUUUUCACUAGGGAAGUACUUUACCAGUUUUACCUGCAGUCCAGUGCUGUGUGUUCUCAGGAUCCAGCUAUGUAGUGGUCCUAGAAUGACAUACCAUGGUGGACCACAGAUAACAUAUGGGGAAGGAGGGAUGAUGAUGAGAUCAAGCGGUAUUGUUAAGAGGAUCCUGCUGCCUC